UCUCGUAAUAUGUCAAUUCCUUCCUGGGAUGCUUGAGGUUGUGUAUUUUUCCUUUUGCUAAUUUCCAUAAAUUUUUUUCUAAAAGCAAUCAGCGCUUCUGUGAGAAUCUGUACAUCGUUUGUGCAAUAUUCGGCCAAUGCUUCGUCCAAACUAAACUGCUGAUUUUUUUCUUCUUCAUACCAUUUAUCAAAUUCGUUUUGUUUAUCGGGUCGCAUUCCUUCAUAUAAAUAAUCAGAUUUUGGAGGUAGUUGUUGUAGUGUUCUCCCAUAAUUUUCAGAGAUGUUUGCCAAAUGUGGAAAAAAUUGUUUUUCAGUUACUUGCAGUCCAAAUGCCCCAAUUAGCUUUCCCAAGGCGACUGGACAGAGAUUAUACGAAUCUCGAAAUACAACCUCAUUGCAUUUGUUGUUGCGAGGAAUUUUCAAUUCAUAG